AUGGUGGGACGCAGACCGGCAGCGGUGGCUCGGGCAGCGAGACCCGCGCGGGAGGCGCCCGGGAUGACUCGCCCCGAGCCCCGCGCGCUCCCGGCCCCCCGAUCGGCCGUGUGGGCCCCGCCCGCCGCCGCGCCCCGCCCAGGCCCAGAGGGGGCACCCCAGGACCUGUGCGCGCGGGCUCAGAGCGAACCAAAGCUCGGCCGAGCUUCCAGUGAUGCAACGUGUCCAGGUUCGCAUAAAGCGCCCAUUGACGGGGCCGGCCCGAUGGCCCGUCGCCGCCGUAGCACAGUCGCGCGCUCCGAGGCUGCUCCCGGGGUGCGGAACCUUGGGCCCAGGCGCGCUGGAGACGGAACCCGGUGCGCGAGGGUGGACGCGCUUCCAGCCGGACGAGCCGGCGGCGCACACCGAGGCAAGGGACAUGGCGGAGUGCGUGGGGACUUUGUCGCGCGAUUGCGGGCACCAGCGGGCCGGGCCCUGGAGGCGGUCGCCCCUGGGCUCCCGAGGACGCCUGGGAUGGGCAGCCACCCCAAGUAUCUGGAAAUGAUGGAAUUAGAUGUAGGUGAUGCCACUCAAGUCUAUGUAGCAUUCUUGGUUUACCUGGAUCUGAUGGAGAGUAAAAGCUGGCAUGAGGUCAGCUGCAUGGGAUUGCCUGAGUUGCAGCUCAUUUGCCUGGUAGGCACGGAACUAGAAGGAGAAAACCCACAGACAGUGGUGCCUGCGCCUGUCACUGCCUCCCUCAGCCACAACAGGAUCCGGGAGAUCUUGAAGGCAUCACGACGGUUGCAAGGGAAUCCUGACACUCCCAUGUCCUUCACUUUGGCCAUUGUGGAAUCUGACUCAACCAUUGUCUACUAUAAACUCACAGAUGGGUUUAUGCUGCCAGAUCCUCAGAAUGUCUCCCUCAGAAGAUGACCCCCGACUCUCUGAUGCCCUGGAUUCUCAGAGGACUGGAAUGGCUGCCAUCGUGGGGCCAUCUUGGAUCUCGGAGACAGUUGUUGGUCUCCCUGCACCCACCCACCAGUUUUCUCUUGGAAGAAUAAAACUCCUAGAUACAAGA